AUGUCAGAUGAUGAAGAUAUGAUGUAUGAUGACGACGAGUAUUUUGAUGAAGACGAUCAAGAUCAAGAUGAAGAAGAAGAAGAAGGUGUAGAAAUUGAAAAUCAGUAUUACAAUUCAAAAGGUUUAAUUGAUGACUCAAUUCCAGAAGCCAUUGAAAGUUACGAAAAAGUUAUAAAUCUAGAAAAUGGGGAAAAAGGAGAAUGGGGUUUCAAAGCAUUAAAAAAAAUUACAAAAUUAUAUUAUCGUAUUGGCCAAUUUGAUGAUAUGCUUAAAGCUUAUAUAAGAUUUCUUCCAUACACCAAAUCAUCAGCCAGCAGCAAUUAUAUUGAAAAAGGUAUUAAUUCAAUUUUAGAUAUGGUUUCAUCAAGCAAUACAAUCGAAUUAGACAUGAUUCAAAAGGUUUUUGAUUUAACAUUAAAAUCAUUAAUAGAUACAAAGAAUGAAAGGGUUUGGUUUAGAACUAAUCUUAAAUUAGCAAAGUUAUUAUUUGAAAAACAAGAAUAUGGUCGUUUAGCAAAAAUCUUAAGGGAUUUACACAAAUCAUGUGAAUUAGAAGAUGGUUCUGAUGAUCAAAAGAAAGGCAGUCAACUUGUUGAUAUUUAUGCUCUUGAAAUUCAAAUGUAUACCGAAACCAAAAACAAUAAAAAAUUAAAAGAUUUAUACAAAAAAGCUUUGGAAAUUAAGAGCGCUAUUCCACAUCCACGUAUUAUGGGUAUUAUCAGAGAAUGUGGUGGUAAAAUGCACAUGGCUGAAAAAGAAUGGGAAAAAGCUCACACCGACUUUUUUGAAGCUUUCAAAAACUAUGAUGAAGCUGGUAACUCAAGAAGAAUUCAAUGUCUUAAAUAUUUAGUAUUGGCCAAUAUGUUAAUGCUUUCAACUAUUAAUCCAUUCGAUUCAACUGAAGCUAAACCAUAUAAAAAUGAUCCAGAUAUUUUAGCAAUGACCAAUUUAGUUAUGGCCUAUGAAAAGAAUGAUAUUUAUCAAUUUGAAAAGAUCUUGAAGGAUAAUCGUAAGACCAUUAUGGACGAUCCAUUCAUCAGAAUGUACAUUGAAGAUUUAUUAAGAAACAUUAGAACCCAAGUACUUCUUAAAUUAUUAAAACCAUACACUAAAAUUAGAAUUUCAUUCAUUUCAAAAGAAUUAAAUAUUCCAUCAAGUGAUGUCGAGUCAUUAUUAGUCUCCUUAAUUCUUGACAAUAAAAUUAGAGGUUCAAUUGAUCAAGUCAAUCAACAAUUAGAGCUCGACACUGCUAAAUCAUCUGCCUACUGGAAAUACAAUUCAAUUCAUAGAUGGGCAAAUCAAGUUGGUAAUUUAAAUUUUGGUAUUAAUAAUAAAUUAUCUGUUUAA